UUUUAUUUUCUCUCUUUGCAUUUCUCUUCCUUGAAAUGGUCCCUUUAAUCACAUAGUCGAUGUUUGUAAUUCUGCAGGUUAUCCACUUUCGCUGCUUGGAAAGGUCUGAAAAGGAUGAAUUUUGUUUACAACUGUCAAAGCUUGAUUCAUAUGAUGAAGUUGUUAAGAGAGUAGCAAACCAACUCGGAGUCGAUGAUCCAUCCAAACUGCGGCUUACAUUACACAAUAUCUACUCUCAUCGACCAAAAGCUCAUCCUAUAACAUAUCGAGGACUAGAAAACUUGUUAGAGAUGCUGCUGCAUUACGACCAAGUUAUCCACUUUCGCUCCUUGGAAACGCCUGAAAAGGAUGAAUUUUGUUUACAACUGUUAUCCACUUUUUCUCCUUGGAAAGGCCUGAAAAGGAUGAAUUUUGUUUACAACUGUUAUCCACUUUCGCUCCUUGGAAAGGCUUGA